AUGGCUAAAGGAAAGCAAGCUGCGGGUCAAAAAGCUAAAGGUGCUUCGACUGACGACAGCAAGAAAGGUGGCAAAUUGAAGGCUGCCAAUGCUAUCAAAGUUCGACAUAUUCUGUGCGAGAAACACAGCAAGAUCAUGGAAGCGAUGGCCAAAUUGAAAGAAGACAAUAUGCGCUUUGACAAGGUUGCCGAGACCUAUAGCGAAGAUAAGGCCAAAGCAGGAGGUUCCUUGGGAUGGAUGUCCAGAGGUUCUAUGGUCGGCACAUUUCAGGAUGCAGCAUUCGCCUUGCAGCCUAGUACUUGUGAUAAACCCAUCUUUACUGACCCUCCUGUCAAGACGAAUUUCGGUUACCAUAUCAUCAUGGUGGAAGAUAGAAAAUAA